GGGUUCCUGCUCUGCCUGUGAAGAAUCUCACUGGUCCUGGACCUGUUCAUCCUGCAUUAGCAGGAAUGACGGGUAUCCUGCUGUGCGCCGCCGGUCUGCCCGUGUGUUUGACUCGAGCUCCGAAACCCAUCCUUCAUCCUCCGCCGGUCAACAAGAGCGACCUGAAGCCGGUGCCAGGAAUCAACAGCAUCCGACGCAAAACCAAGAAAAAACACCUGCGCAAAGGUAAAAGCCCGGAGGAUGUGGUCCGCCGCUACACAGAGAAGAUCAAGUGUGCUCCAGAAGAGGACUGCACCAUCUGCAUGGAGAGACUGAGCUCUGCGUCUGGAUAUGAGGGAGUUCUGAGCUGCAAGAGCAUCAAGCCUGAGCUGGUGGGCAAACUGGGCAAAUGCGGACACUUGUACCACCUUCUGUGCCUCGUGGCCAUGUAUAACAACGGCAACAAGGAUGGCAGUCUGCAGUGUCCCACCUGUAAGGCAAUCUAUGGGGAGAAAACGGGCACGCAGCCGCCGGGGAAAAUGGAGUACCACAUUAUCCCUCAUUCCCUCCCGGGACACUCCGAUAUCAAAACCAUCCGCAUCGUCUACGACAUUCCUGCUGGAGUCCAGACCACAGAGCAUCCGAACCCUGGGAAAAAGUACAGCGCGAGAGGAUUUCCUCGACACUGUUAUUUACCAGACAAUGAGAAAGGACGCAAGGUGUUGAAGCUGUUGAUCACGGCGUGGGACCGUCGGCUGAUCUUCACCAUCGGGACGUCCAGCACCACAGGCGAGUCCGACACCGUCGUCUGGAACGAGAUUCACCACAAGACGGAGUUCGGUUCCAACCUGACGGGACACGGAUACCCCGACCCCAAAUACCUGGACAACGUGAUGAGAGAGCUGGAGGCACAGGGAGUAGGAGAGGACAACCUGAAAGAC